AUGGCGGCGCCGCAGUUGUACCAUGGUGUCUACUGCAUGGCGACCGCGAAAUGCAUUGCGUCCAAAACCAAGUACCCGACCGACGGCGACGACGCGCUGUGCUACGCGUCGUGGCCAUUGACGUACAUGAACCCGGCGUACGACACGUGCUUCGGUGACACGCUCUUGUCGAUGACGCGCACGUACGAGGUGGCGACCGCAGUCACCUCGAGUGUCCUCGUGUUCUUCUUGACGCUGCUUCUGGCGCGUGUGUGGGUCGUCCGCCGCGCCGCAAAACUAUGCGACAUGAAGCGCGACGCUGUCUUCACGAGCCCUGUCGAGCACGCGUAGGCAAGAGGCAAAGUUGCAUUAUGUGAUGUCGUGUAGAUGUUCUGUCAACACGAUCAUACUCUGCA